UAUAUACUUAAUUUUUAAAAAUCAAAAUCUAGAGAUAAAUUACCAAACAAAUUAAAUUGUUUUUAGUUAAUUCCAUUGAAUUGUUAAAAACAGAUUAUAAAAAAUAAGAAAAAAAGUGUUAUUAUGUGUUCAUGUAAAUUUCUAAAGUCUCAACUACCAAUCUCUCUCUCUCUCUCUCUCCAUUUUCCCCAAAAAUUUCAUCAAUUCUCCCGCACCUGCCCAUAUGAACUCGAACGCUAUGGUGAUCGUUCUGAUGGGCGUCUGCGGUUCUGGAAAAUCGACAAUUGGCGAGAUGCUUGGCAAAGCCUUGGAUUUCACUUUUCUUGAUGCUGAUCAUUUUCACCCAAUCUCUAACAAAGAGAAAAUGUCGAAAGGAAUCCCUCUAUCGGACGAAGAUCGAAUGCCAUGGCUCGAGAAGAUUCGAGAUACAUUGAGAGAGAAUAUAGCAAGUAAACGUAGUGUAGUUGUUGGUUGUUCAGCUCUACAAAAACACUAUAGAGAGAUUUUGAGAUCAAGUGAUCCAAAUUAUGAAAAAAUGGGAAUAACAAUGAAGUGUGUGGUGAAGUUUGUUCUAUUGGAUGCUCCAGCUGAAGUGAUUGCUUUAAGAUUAGAGAAAAGAGCCAAAGAAGGGAAUCAUUUCAUGCCUUCUGCUCUUUUGAAAUCCCAAUUGGAUUUGUUGCAAAUUGAUGAUAGUGAAGGUAUUGUAAAAGUUGAUGCUACUCAAACUCCACAAGCAAUUCUGAGUAAUAUUCUUAACCUAGUUUUAACCCAGCAUUAAAAUGUCAGACUAUCAUAAUUUCAAUUUUACACUUACAUUGACAAUAAUAUUAAUAAAAGUUAUGAUUUUAGAUUUGA